ACAACAGAUAAGAAGACUAGAGACAAGGCCGUUAAAGCACUUGGAAAGUGGGUUUCCAAAAAGAAGGAUUUCACAUACUUAGAGCUUAUGAAGCUUUGGAAGGGUCUCUUUUACUGUAUGUGGAUGUCAGAUAAACCAAUUGUCCAGCAACAGCUGAGUGAAACGCUAUCAUCAUUGAUCAUUAAAGUACCUCGCGAAGGAGUUAUGAACUUUAUUGCAGCCUUUUGGGAGACCAUAUGCGCGGAAUGGCAUGGAAUCGAUCGUCUCAGACUUGAUAAAUUCUAUUUUCUUUUACGUCGGUUCCUUUCAUAUUCCUUCCGUAUGCUUAAAGAGAAUGAUUGGGAUUUGGAGACGGUCGAGGAAUACACUAGCAUUAUGAUCAAUGGACCAUUAAAUGCUACAUCGACUAAAGUUCCUGACAGUAUUCGCUUUCAUUUGAUUGAAAUCUAUCUGGAUGAGCUGGAAAAGAUUGUGGAUGUGGCCGAUUCAGGAGAGGUACCUACCGCACAUAUUCUUCAACCUAUGUUCCAUCUGUUGGCCCACACUAUCAAUGGAAAGGUUUUCAAAAUGGUCGCGGAAGAAGUUUUUGAAACUAUUUUGAAGAAAACUGGUAAACAUUUUUUUUUUUUUUUUUUUUUUUUUGUUUCCGCUGUGUAA